AUGUUAAACGUGGAAAAACAGAAGUCGAACCAUCCUAAUAACAAAACUCUUCAAUCAAAUAUCUCCAAUCUGACUACACCUCAUAUUACAGAGACUGGUACGAAUAAAAUUGUAGAAUUUAAUCAUAGUUUGAAACUGUCUAUUCCCGAAAAGAGUAGUAAUAUUUUAUCUGCAUCAUUACUUGAUGACAAAUUAUGUACUAAUUAUUUUAACGAUGACAUAGGAGAUAUUAAUUGUAAUAUACAUGAUGAUGAUGCUUUUGAUGAUAAUACCUCUACGAUCAUAGAAUCAUUUAAUAUUGAAGAUGAACUAAGAUCUUGGGUAUUGAAGUUUAAAGUAUCUCAUAACAGUGCAAAUUGUAUACUUAGAAUAAUUAAAUCUGCUGGUAUUAAUGUACCAAAAGAUAUUCGAACACUUAUGAAAACUCCUACUACACAUGUAAUUUCUAAUAUUGAUCAAGGGUCUUACAUUCAUUUGGGACUGGAAAAUAUGAUAUUACCUAUAUUAAAAAAGUACGAUUCAUUAAUAUAUAGUCUAAAUAAAGUUUUAAAGAUAGGAAUUAAUUUGGAUGGUCUUCCAUUAUCUAGAAGUUCAAAAAGCCAACUUUGGCCAAUUUUAAUUGAAUUUACAAAUUGUAAUAUAGGAAUAUUUCAUGGAAAUUCAAAACCAAAAUCUAUUCAUGAGUUUUUAAAUCCUUUUUUAUCUGAUCUAUUAACAUUAUUAAAUUGUGGCCUAAACGUUAAUGGAAAUAUUUAUCAGUUUGAAGUCGGCCAUGUAGUCUGUGAUUCUCCAGUAAAAAGUUUCUUGCUAAAUGUUAAAUCUUUCAAUGCAUACUUUGGAUGCACUUCAUGCACUCAGGAAGGAUCUUAUAUUAAUAAUAGAAUGGCUUUUUUGGAAAUAGAAUCACCCCUGAGAACAGACGAAUCUUUUAGAUCUAAAACUCAAGAAGAAUACCACAAAGACUAUAUGCAUAAUGUUUGUUUAGGUGUUACAAAACGUUUAAUAGAGUUUUGGGUUAAAGGGAAGAAGAAUGUAAGAUUAAUUGAGAAAAAUAAACCACAAAAUAAAUUAGGCUUCAAGCUAAUUGUUCAAAAAUGUAUGGAUUCUUCCUCUCUUUUUACAGAACCAAUUGUAUCUUCAAUUAUUGGCUUACAUACUGCGGAAAUGGGCCACGACUGGAGAGGAUACCUGAACGUUUGUACGUCGGCGUUGCUUAAAGAAGCUAAAGACAAGGGAUGGAUGGCCGUGGGCAGUUUCGAGAACGUCGACAUAUCGUACAAGAAGGUCGGCGACGGACACCCGUUGCGGCUGUGGCGGGUGUGCACGGAAGUAGAGGCGCCACCCGCCGAGGUGCUCUGGCAGAGGCACGUGUGGGACGCCGACCUGGUGUCGGCCAGGGUGGUGGCCAAGAUGGACGCGCGCGCCGACCUGUACCAGUACGCGGUCGCGGCGAUGGCCCCGCAUCCGGCCAAGGACUAUUGCGUGGUCAGGUCGUGGCGAACCGAUCUCAACCGGGGCGGUUGCGCGGUCGUCGAGACGUCCGUCGAACACCCGGACGCCAAGCAACCGGCGGCGGGCUCGGUCCGUGGCAUCGUGCUCGCCUCCAGGUACCUGAUCGAACCGUGUGGUUCGGGCCGAUCCCGAGUACUGCAUUUGUCGCGAGUCGACACAAAGGGCAGGACGUGCGAGUGGUACAACAAGAUAUACGGACACAUCACUUCCAAAUAUUUGUCGGCGAUACGAAAAUCUUUCGAACACUCGGCUGACGGUCCCGAGAGCAAAGUAUGA